UUGUGCCUGCGGUUCUUUUUGUGUGGUUUCUUUCUUUCGGUUUAGGUGGGGUUUUUUGUUCGUGGUUUGGGUUUGGGGUUUUUUGGGUUUUUUGUUGUUGUUUUGGGUUUUUUUGGUUUUUUGGGGGUAUUUUCGUGAUUUUUUUUCUUUUGUGUUUGGCUUUGUUUUUUAAUUCCGUAUCUUUUGAUUCCUCCACAGCAAAAUGCCUCCCAUAUCGCCAAACUCCCUGAAGGAUUUCCAUUUCCAGCCGAAAUACCCAGCUGAAUGUGCUCCAAUUCCAUUCCCUCCUUUAUUUCCUCUCUAAAAGUCCCAUCAAAACCACUGCAUCUCCUCUCACUCUCCUGAGGGUUUUUUAAAAGUGUUUUGUAAAGUAGGUUCUUCAUUAAUCUGUUUGUCUUAAGCUGCUUAAAAAUACUCAUUGGCUGUAUUGGGAGCUGAGGGAUUAACACAAAAAAAGUGCCGGAUUUGUGGAGGAUUGAGUUGAAUUUCUCAACUGUCUGGAACUGGCAUUAGUGCUCAGCAUCCUGAGAAGGGUGAUAUUCCUGCUUUUCCUGGUACUCACCAGCCCAAUUUUGGGUUCAUGCAACAAAGUCAUGUGAGGUUUUUUUCCAUUUUGUGAUUUUACUGCCUUCUGCUGGUCAGAGAUGAUCAGGCUGAGCUUAAUUUCUAAUCAGCACAUGAUCUAAAAUUUAUACACAGUGCAAAUGCCAACAAUAGAUGCUUUGUGUAUUUCUUGAUUUUUUUUUUUCUGCAGCCUCAUGGAUAUAUUUCACGUAGGAGGUUGAUCAGUAAAGAGGAUUGUAGGUUUUAAUGUGCAGACUACAUCUUGUUCCAAAAGCCUGCUGCUGGCUUGGAGUGGGGAUGUAGCAGAUCACCUUUCUAAUCCUGCCCUGCCUUGCAGCUCCCUGCCUGCCCUUUGCUCCCAAGAGAAAGGAAAAAAAAAUUAAAAAUAAAAACCCUGUUGCUGUUUGCAUAAACUCACAAAACUGUGGCCUCAUGACAGUGCAGAAAGAAAGAGGCCUCCAGAAUUUCAUGAUCUGUUAUAGGAAUUACAGUUGUUUAAAGUUUUAUCUUUGCUUUUAUUCCCCGAGACAGAGAUGGAUGUGCUUGUCUGUCUGUGUAGGGGCUGGAAGGAGGAGAGCUGAGGAGCUGACAGGGCUUGGAUCUGCCUAAAUGUUGUACAAAGAAUUAUCCACCUGAGCAGAGGAAAUGGCUGUUCCCCUUCCUGCACCCUCCUGCUCUCAAAUUUAAUAACCAUGCCCUGAAUUGAUGGGCCACACGAGGUGUACCUGGAUGUACACUGUAAAUCCCCUGGGCAGGCAGGUUAUGAGGGAGAAGAUGUUUGUUUUCUGGUUUGGGUUUUUUUUUCCCACAAACAAAACAAAACAAAACAAAGCAACAACAACAACAACAACAACAAACCUCAAAAAACCCCCAACAACAAAAAAAACCAAACAAAAAAAAACCCCCAAACCCCAACAAAAACAAACAAAAAACCCCCACAACAACAAAAAAACCCCACAAAAAACCCCACCAAAAACCAAAAAAACUCCAACCACAAAAGAAAAACAAAAAACCACACAAAAAACCAACAACCAAACAAAAAACCAAAAAAAAAACCCACCAAAAAACCAGAAAAAAACCAAAAACAAACAAAACCACCAAAAACAAAAACAAAAACAAAAAAACCCACCAAAAAUCCACAAAAAAACCCAACAAUUUUGAUUGCCAAACAAUCACUCAGGCAACCAUAAAUAAUUGUAAAAGAGAGUUUUCUUCACAUCCACCAAUUCCUGUUUCUGUAGGAAAGGUUUGCAGAGGGAGUGGGAGAGAACUGAGUUCAACAAACUUAUAACAAAUGUCACAGAGUUCACACUUUCAACAUUUUAAUGGCAUAAAACCAUCUCUGAGCUCCAUUUGAAUGUCAUAAGGAGAUUUUAAAAAUCUGUGUUCCUGGAAAAUAUAAUUUGUCUCUCUUUUUUUUAAUAGGUAAACAAGGUGGCAAUGGCAAGAUUAAAAGUUAGAGGAGAUACUGUGAUUUAUGGGGAUACACAACAUUUCUCCUCCAAACACUGCAGAAUGGUAAGAGCACACUGGGAAGUGGGGAAUGAACCCUCUGCUGCUGUUCCUGCCACUGUUCCAUCAUCAGGAAUCUGCAACAAAUUUAGAAAAGCUCAUUAAACAUUUGGCCGAAUGUGCUUUCCCAAACGUUGUCUGAAGAGAGAAGACCUUGGGUCAAGUGGUUGGAGAGAAGGGAAUUUUUCCUCGUUUAUUUUUAGUUUCAUUUCCUAGGGAAGUAAGCCAUCUGUGAUCUGUUUCCCUCUGGAAAGUUUUGAAACUGCUCUGCCAUUCAAGUUUGCAGAGCCUCAGAGAUGUUAAAUAACUCCAGUUUUUGUGGGGGUAGCUGCUCAGGUAGAAAGAGACUCUGGAACAGGAAAAUUGGGAAUUCAGACUGUGUGCAUUUGUGCAUCCUUUCAAACAGCAGUGAGGGUGAAAGGGGCAGCAGGGGCUGGAUUGCUCUGAUGUGGUUCUCCCCCAAAUUAGCCAGCAAACUUCUGUUUGUACCAUUCAGUCCCUCCAAAUCCCAAUUUCCUUUCUCUAUCCCAGGAUUUGGGUAAGGAAGAGGAGGCUUCAGUAGGGUGCUUGGGAGAGUCUGUGCCCAGGCUACCCUGAAUGUAAGAUCCCAGUUAUGCAAGAGGAAAUAAAACACAUUAAUGCCAUUUAUAGAGUGUUGAACUCUGUAGGAAAAGGCUGAGAGCUGUGCUCAGGGUAGAAACAUAAACUACAAAAAUUAUAAACAUGAGCAGGAACUAAUGGAAGCUCAGUUGGGAAGACUUUGAGUCAUUUUCUGGGGAGAUUUAAUUUCUAGAACCCACCUUUUGAAGUGAAGAAAUCUUAAAAUAAAUGUGGCAGGAGACAGCAAAGCAGAAGUGAAGCUGCCAUCAAAUAUCACCAUGUGAAGAAGGCUCUGGAAAGGCUGGUGCAGUUCUGUGGGUCCAUAAAGGAAAUAACAGGGAUGUGGGGGGUGUAGGGAAAGCUGCAGGAAUUUGCAGAGUCCUCAUUGCUGAAAUCUCCUGGUUUCUCAUUAAUCCAGCAGAGUUUGGGUGCUGGGCAGGCUGAGGACAGCAGCACAUUCUCUCUCGGAGGAGAUGGUGUUUGUGCAGUGGAUGUGACACACGUGGAGAUCUUUAAAUUUAAUUUAAAGAAAUUUAAAUUUAGACAUUUGUGAAGAGAGGCAGAGCUUUGGCCCUUCCCGAGUGCCCCUCGUUCCCCGCAGCUGCCAGGAGGUGGCUCUCUGCAUUUGCAAUCCCUAUUUACUCCUUUGUUUAUGGAAUUACACUGGACACGUUUUCCCUGGAAAAUGUUUUCCCUGCGUUUGCCCUGAGGAAGUUUACGUCAGAAGAACAAGGAAGCCCUGGGCUCAGUAAAUAAUCUGCUAACAGGCAAGGCAAGGAUCCGUUCACUUCUGUCCAAAUGUUUUCUGGCUGAGAUCCAAAGGGAUUUUUCCUGUGCAGGACCUAAUCUUAUCAGAUUAUUUCUGCCAGGCUGAAGGAGUUAUGUCUGUGCUGGUAGGGUGCACUAACCAAAUUUGAUUAUAGCCCAGUAAAAAUCAUUCUCAAUUAUAAAAAAAUCAUUUUGGUCACAUGUUUUAAAGGAUGCAGGUGUUUAUGGACAGGUACCCUGGGGAAUUGAUUAAAAUACUUCUUCUUUCUCCCCCUUUCAGUGUGGGAGUGGAAGAGAGAGUCCUGUGUCCAGGCCAUGGAUUCUUUUUUGGAGGCACUGAUGUUUCCCAAAGGCUGAUGUGUUCUUCUGUUGGAAUCACGAGCCAGGUUCCUUCUUUGCUUCCUAAAACGUGGACGGUGGCAGCCGAGGUGCGGAAGCAGAUCUCGGGGCAGUAUGGAGGCUCCCCGCAGCUCCUCAAGAACCUCACCAUCGGCGGCAGCGUGUCCCACCACACCUCUGUGCCUCUCACAGAAACUGUGGAGCCCAUGGACCUGGAGGAGUAUCUCAUCACCCACCCGCUGGCCGUGGAGUCGGGGCCGCUGCGGGACCUGCUGGAGUUCCCCGCCGAUGACAUCGAGGUGGUUCACAGCCCCCGCGAGUGCCGCACGCUGGUGUCGGCCGUGCCCGAGGAGAGCGAGAUGGACCCUCACGUGAGGGACUGUGUCAGGAGUUACACUGAGGACUGGGCGAUCGUCAACAGAAAAUACCACAAGCUGGGGACUGGGUUCAACCCCAACACCUUGGACAAGCAGAAGGAGAGGCAGAAAGGGCUCCCCAAGCAGGUCUUCGAGUCUGACGAAGCCCCGGAUGGCAACAGCUACCAGGAUGAGCAAGACGACCUCAAGCGCCGCUCAAUGUCGAUCGACGACACUCCCCGGGGCAGCUGGGCCUGCAGCAUCUUCGACCUCAAGAACUCCCAGCCUGACGCCCUGCUCCCAAACCUGCUGGACAGAACCCCAAACGAGGAGAUCGACCACCACAACGAGGACCAGAGGAAGUCCAGUAGGCACAAGGAGCUUUUUGCACUGCACCCAGCUCCAGAUGAGGAGGAGCCCAUAGAGAGACUCAGUGUCCCUGAAGUUCCCAAAGAACACUUUGGCCAAAGACUCCUGGUGAAGUGUUUGUCCCUGAAGUUUGAAAUAGAAAUUGAGCCCAUUUUUGCAAGUUUGGCUUUGUAUGAUGUUAAAGAGAAGAAGAAGAUUUCAGAGAAUUUCUACUUUGAUUUGAACUCUGAGCAAAUGAAGGGAAUGCUUCGGCCUCAUGUCCCCCCUGCUGCUAUUUCCACCCUGGCCAGAUCUGCCAUCUUUUCUAUCACCUACCCAUCCCAAGAUGUCUUUCUAGUCAUAAAGCUGGAAAAAGUUUUACAGCAGGGAGAUAUUGGGGAGUGUGCAGAGCCUUAUAUGAUUUUUAAAGAAUCUGAUGCAGCAAAGAACAAGGAGAAGUUGGAAAAACUGAAGGCCCAGGCAGAGCAGUUUUGCCAAAGAUUGGGGAAGUACCGGAUGCCUUUUGCCUGGACAGCCAUUCACCUCAUGAACAUCGUGAGCAGUGCUGGCAGCCUGGAAAGAGACUCCACAGAGGUGGAAGUUGGCACAGGAGAGCGUAAGGGCUCGUGGUCGGAGCGCAGGAAUUCCAGCAUCGUCGGGAGGCGCUCCCUGGAGAGGACCACGAGCGGGGAUGAGGCUUGCAACCUGAGCAGCUUCAGGCCAGCCACCCUGACAGUGACCAACUUCUUCAAACAGGAGGGGGACCGCCUGAGUGACGAGGACCUGUACAAGUUCCUGGCUGACAUGAGGCGUCCGUCGUCGGUGCUGCGCAGGCUCAGGCCCAUCACAGCUCAGUUGAAGAUAGACAUAUCUCCAGCUCCAGAGAACCCCCACUACUGCCUCACCCCAGAGCUGCUGCAAGUCAAGUUCUACCCAGACAGCAGAGUCAGACCCACCAGAGAAAUCCUGGAGUUCCCUGCCAGGGAUGUCUACGUCCCAAACACCACAUACAGGAACCUCCUUUAUGUGUAUCCACAGAGCCUUAACUUCGCCAACCGCCAGGGAUCUGCCAGGAAUAUCACAGUGAAAGUGCAGUUCAUGUAUGGAGAGGAUCCCAGCAAUGCCAUGCCGGUCAUCUUUGGCAAAUCCAGCUGUCCUGAGUUUUCCAAAGAAGCGUACACAGCUGUGGUGUAUCACAACAGAUCUCCUGAUUUUCAUGAGGAAAUCAAGAUUAAGCUUCCAGCCACUCUGACAGACCACCACCACCUGCUUUUUACUUUCUACCACGUCAGCUGCCAGCAGAAACAAAACACACCCCUGGAGACUCCAGUCGGCUACACCUGGAUCCCGAUGCUCCAGAACGGGCGGUUAAAGACGGGUCAGUUCUGUCUUCCUGUGUCAUUGGAAAAGCCACCACAGGCUUAUUCAGUGCUUUCUCCAGAGGUUCCUCUCCCUGGGAUGAAGUGGGUGGAUAACCACAAAGGGGUUUUCAACGUGGAAGUUGUUGCUGUGUCCUCCCUCCACACUCAGGACCCUUACCUCGACAAGUUCUUUGCACUUGUCCAUGCUCUGGAUGAGCACAUGUUCCCUGUGCGAAUAGGAGACAUGAGAAUUAUGGAAAACAACUUGGAAAAUGAACUGAAGAGCAGCAUUUCAGCCUUAAAUUCCUCUCAACUGGAGCCGGUAGUGCGAUUUCUUCAUCUCCUGCUUGACAAACUGAUCCUUCUGGUAGUAAGACCUCCUGUCAUUGCAGGCCAAAUAGUUAACCUGGGCCAAGCAUCUUUUGAAGCCAUGGCAUCGAUCAUAAACAGACUUCACAAGAACUUGGAUGGCAACCAGGACCAGCAUGGCAGGAACAGCCUUCUUGCCUCCUAUAUUUAUUAUGUUUUUCGCCUACCCAACACCUAUCCCAACUCACCAUCACCAGGUCCCGGCGGCCUGGGCGGCUCGGUGCACUACGCCACCAUGGCGCGCUCGGCCGUGCGCCCCGCCAGCCUCAACCUGAACCGCUCGCGCAGCCUCAGCAACAGCAACCCCGACAUCUCCGGCACCCCCACCUCACCCGACGACGAGGUGCGCUCCAUCAUCGGCACCAAGGCUACGGAUCGAAGUUGUAAUCGUAUGUCUUCGCACACUGAGACGUCAAGUUUCUUACAAACAUUAACAGGACGAUUACCAACCAAAAAGCUUUUCCACGAGGAGCUGGCCCUGCAGUGGGUUGUGUGCAGCGGGAGCGUGCGGGAGGCGGCCCUGCAGCAGGCCUGGUUCUUCUUCGAGCUGAUGGUGAAGAGCAUGGUGCAUCAUCUGUAUUUUGCUGACAAACUGGAUGCGCCGAGGAAGAAUCGUUUCCCGGAGCGCUUCAUGGAUGACGUGACUGCACUGGUCAGCACAAUCGCUGGUGAUAUAGUCUCCCGCUUCCAGAAGGACACGGAAAUGGUGGAGCGGCUCAACACCAGUCUGGCGUUUUUCCUCAAUGAUUUGUUGUCCAUCAUGGACAGAGGAUUUGUUUUUGGUCUUAUUAAGACCUACUACAAACAGGUGUCUGCAAAGCUGUAUUCCUUAACAAACCCGAGCAACCUGGCGUCUCUGAAGCUGGACUUCCUGCGCAUCAUCUGCAGCCACGAGCACUACGUCACCCUGAAUUUACCCUGCAGCUUGCUCACACCUCCUGCGUCUCCAUCACCAUCCGUGUCUUCAGCCACUUCCCAGAGUUCUGGGUUCUCCACAAAUGUCCAAGACCAGAAGAUUGCAAAUAUGUUUGAGUUGUCUGUGCCUUUCCGCCAGCAGCAUUACCUGGCCGGGCUGGUGCUCACAGAACUGGCUGUCAUUCUAGAUCCUGAUGCAGAAGGUUUAUUUGGAUUGCAUAAGAAGGUCAUCAACAUGGUACACAACCUGCUGUCCAGCCACGACUCGGACCCGCGGUACGCUGACCCCCAGGUAAAGGCCCGGGUGGCAAUGCUGUAUCUACCUCUGAUCGGUGUGAUCAUGGAAACUGUGCCUCAGCUCUACGACUUCACAGAGAGUCACAACCAGCGGGGGAGGCCGAGCUGUGUCGCUGUGGACGAUUACGAGAGCGAGGGUGGCAGCAUGAUCAGCCAGACUGUGGCCAUGGCCAUUGCAGGCACUUCUGUCCCCCAGCUCAACAGACCCAGCAGUUUUCUACUCCCUUCUUCGAGUGGCAGGCAGCACUCCACCUUCUCUACAGAGUCCAGCCGCAGCCUGCUCAUCUGCCUGCUGUGGGUGCUGAAGAACGCGGACGAGAGCGUCCUGCAGAAGUGGUUCACGGACCUGUCUGUGCUGCAGCUCAACCGCCUGCUGGACCUGCUCUACCUCUGUGUGUCCUGCUUUGAGUACAAGGGCAAGAAAGUGUUUGAAAGAAUGAACAGUCUGACGUUUAAGAAGUCCAAAGACAUGAGAGCCAAACUUGAAGAAGCAAUUUUGGGCAGCAUAGGGGCAAGGCAGGAAAUGGUCCGAAGAAGUAGAGGACAGCUGGAGAGGAGCCCUUCUGGGAGCGCCUUUGGAAGUCAAGAGAAUCUGAGAUGGAGAAAGGACAUGACUCACUGGCGGCAGAACACAGAGAAGCUUGACAAGUCAAGGGCAGAGAUAGAACAUGAGGCACUCAUCGAUGGGAAUCUUGCAACAGAAGCCAACCUGAUAAUUUUGGAUACUCUAGAGAUAGUUGUACAGACCGUGUCCGUGACGGAGUCCAAGGAGAGCAUCCUCGGCGGGGUGCUCAAAGUGCUGCUGCACAGCAUGGCCUGCAACCAAAGUGCCCUUUACCUGCAGCACUGCUUUGCCACACAGAGAGCUCUGGUCUCAAAGUUCCCUGAGCUGCUGUUUGAGGAGGAGACAGAGCAGUGUGCAGACCUGUGCCUGAGGCUCCUGAGGCACUGCAGCAGCAGCAUCAGCACCAUCAGGUCCCACGCCAGUGCCUCCCUCUACCUCCUCAUGAGGCAGAACUUCGAGAUCGGCAACAACUUUGCCAGAGUGAAGAUGCAGGUGACCAUGUCCCUCUCAUCCCUGGUGGGCACAUCCCAGAACUUCAAUGAGGAAUUUCUGCGACGUUCCCUCAAGACUAUUCUGACAUAUGCUGAAGAAGAUCUGGAACUCAGGGAGACAACAUUUCCUGACCAGGUCCAAGAUUUAGUGUUCAACCUCCAUAUGAUCCUGUCGGACACAGUUAAAAUGAAGGAGCACCAGGAAGAUCCAGAAAUGCUGAUUGACCUGAUGUACAGGAUUGCCAAGGGCUACCAGAACUCCCCCGACCUGCGGCUGACGUGGCUGCAGAACAUGGCAGGGAAACAUUCCGAGAGGAGCAACCACGCCGAGUCUGCCCAGUGCCUGGUGCACUCUGCAGCCCUGGUGGCCGAGUACCUGAGCAUGCUGGAGGACAGGAAAUACCUCCCCGUGGGCUGUGUGACAUUUCAGAACAUAUCUUCCAAUGUUUUGGAAGAGUCAGCAGUUUCUGAUGAUGUUGUGUCCCCAGAUGAAGAAGGAAUCUGCUCUGGGAAGUAUUUUACAGAAGCUGGUCUGGUGGGAUUGCUGGAACAGGCUGCAGCAUCUUUCUCCAUGGCUGGCAUGUAUGAAGCAGUUAAUGAGGUUUACAAAGUCCUUAUUCCUAUUCAUGAAGCCAACAGAGAUGCCAAGAAGUUGUCCACUAUUCAUGGUAAACUGCAGGAAGCAUUCAGCAAGAUUGUUCACCAGAGUACUGGCUGGGAGUUCCUACUUGUGGAAUUUUUUUCCCUUUUCUCUGCCCCUUUUCCCCCCCAACUCCCCUUUUUUGUUUUUUUUUUUAAUUUGUUUUACACUGUGGAACCCCCAAUUUCAUUUUAGCAAAGAGCUAUGCCAACAGCAGCACCCCCCUCAUGGCACAAGGAAAGUGGUGUUGCCAACUACAAUCACUGCAGUGCCCUGAGUGUGGCACCAGAGCAUUCCUGAGCUCUCCUUAAACACACCAACUGAUGGGCUGUGUGUCUUUAUUCAUUGAAUAAAUGUUGAAUUCAUUCCAUUUGUUUGCUUUCCAGUUAGGAAAGUUAAGAAAAAAAAUCUCUUCAUGCUACGCCACGAGAAUUUAAAACCAUUUUUAAGCUGUGCAGGGGGAGGUUUGCCAGUGGAUAACAGGGCUCCAGGAGCUGAUUCUUUCCCAAAAAAUCAAUAUUGGAAGACUUGUAGUAGUUGGCAACACUGCAAAGGACCUUGGGUUAAAAUUGAGCAGGAAAAUAACCGUGCUGAGUUUGGUAAAGAUGGGUUGGAUUCUGCAUUUUGAAGGAGUUGCUUUUGUUCCUGCACCCUUCAGGCAGCUGCUGCUGUCUUGGUGAAGGAAGCAGAGGAUUCCUCUUGCAUCUGAUUUAUCUUUUUUCCCCCCCAAAUCUUGUUGGCAAAGCUUUUUGUGUGCGUGCAAGAGAUAACCCCAAAACUUUAUUCCCAGCAAUUUGGAAAGGUAUUUACCAUGCAUAAUAACAAAUCAUGAACCUUCAUAAGUCAUGGUGGCUGUUACCUGCUCUGCCAGUUGUGUGAUGGCUAUUCAGUGUUCACCUUCAUUCUCUUCUCCUCCCCAAAAAUCCUAUUAUUUUUUGAUAAAAUAAUAGGAGAUACGAUGCUUUUAAUAAUUCCUCCCUCAUAUCUGCAUUUUUAGCUCUUGCCAGAAACAAGACCACGGAGCAUUAAGUUAUUUGUUUUCCCUGCUGUGGCUGGGAAGUGGUUUGGUGUUGGCUGAGUUCCAGAGAUCCCAGUACAGAGCCAUCCCCUCUCCCUAACGCCAGGCAUGGAGCUGAUCCCAGGGAAGUGGCAGCUCCUGAAGAUCCCUGGGAGUGGUCUGGAAGUGUUUCCCCCACAGGGAUUUGCUCUCAUUCUCUUCCUGCCAGGCACAGAUUCCCAGCAUGAGCCCCAUCAGGGCUGGCAGUGCUGCUCACUGCUGGCUCUGGGAUUCAGCAUCUGCAUUUAGCAGGGAGAGCCAGGGCAGCUGCUCUGUGUGGGCAUGAGCUGGGAGCUGCCCUCACACAGGGACAGGGAAUCUCACCAGGCUCCCCAGUGCCCCAAAACUCUUAUUUUAUGCAUUUAGUAAAUUCCAGCAGAACUCCUCAGUGAUUUAUGCUGAUCAACAGACAGCAUUCUCUUCCUCUCUUAUUAUUUUUACCCUUCCUGUAGAAAGGAGCUGCCUGGGCAGGUGUCCAUGGCAAAAACUCACUUGUAGGUGAGUUCUGGAAAUGCUUCACACCCUGGAAACCCGUGGCCAAGGAGAAGGGGAAAAGUUAGUGGAUCAGAAAUCAGUGUGUCCUCAACCACCCCGUGCUGGGGUUGGGGCAGGAUCCCCCAAACUUCCCCCUGGAGGAUGGGCAAGCCUUGUGCUGGCUCUGGGGAGCUGAUCCAUGGCAGACACAGUCGUGGAAUGCUUUGGGUUGGAAAGGACCCUAAAGAGCAUCAGGUUCCAACCCCACCUUGGGAAGGGCUUUGAGAGGAGCCCUGGAGUCAGAGCCUUCUGCCUCUGACAGGGAGACAGAAGCUGGAAAUGCUGGCUGUUGAGGGAUUUUAGUGUGGAUAAUGUCAUCCAAAACUGUGGCUUUGAAAAGGCAGUGAUGAGGAAAAAGGGGUUCAGUGGCUCCUGCAUGGACCCAGAGGGAUGGGCACUGGACAAGGACAGGGAGUCCAGGGAAAUGGCAACCCCAGUAAAACAGCAGCAGCUCUGGAGCUGCAGUUCCCACCCUGGGAGUGCCCCUUGGAUCCUGUGGGGUGCUGAAGGCCCUGGCAGUGGGGCUGGAGGAGAGGAGCCCCUCUCUGCAGGAGGAAUCCCAGAGGGACAGGCUCUAGAGCAGGGUCCAGGGAGCCUGGGCACAGCCAGGUGUGGCUUUUUUGGGAUGAGGGCUGCCACUCACCCCAGGUGCCCUCAGGAGAGCAGAGCUCAGCUCUGAAGUGGAAGUUUUUGGCUCUCAGGCCCCUCCAGGGGGAUGCUCCAGAGUUUCUUCCAGCCAGGAGAAGGCAGUGGCUAUUCCAGUGGUUUUUGCAGUCUGGAGUUUGCCUGAAGGGUUUUUUUUUAUUUUAGUUUGGCUUAUUUAUC